AUGGAGAAAUUUGAGCUUGAAUAUCAACCAAAAAAAAUCAGGGCUUACGCCGUUAAAGUUCUAAAGGAGCUCACCAAAAAGAAGACACGGCCUAUGCUUAUGUGCUUUCGUAACUGGGAGACCAGAGUCGGGUUCGGUGGGUCUGAAAAUGAAGAGGAGUCCGAUGACCAGACCCGUGUCCUGGUUUUCAAUGAUAAGUACAUUUCUUUCUUGAUUCCGUGGAUGAUGUCGUUCUGCUGGCAUGUAGACGAGAUAAUGGAGGAGCUUGCAGACCUCAGAGACCUCAAUACUGUAAGCAACGGAAAGCUGACCCUUGGCCCUGUUUUCUCGGUUGCAGAGCUUGUCAAGAUCGAUAUGAUUUUCAGACUUUUCACUACGAUUGUUCCUAAACAGAAUAUGGAGCCGAAACGCCCUGUCUCCAAGAUGGCUGAGGUUACUCUAGUGGAGCAGUCGAAGUCGACUAUGGCCUUGAAAUCAUUGGAGAGCUUGAAGCGUGUUGAGGCUCCAGAGCGUGAGGAGAUCUCGGAGCCCGCUGAAACUCAGGAGCCUGUUAGACGUCCAGAGCCUGCCAAAGCUGACACCAACGCUGUCUCCAAGCCGUCUGACUCUAUCCCACCUGCUUCUUUUAGGACUCUCGAUCCCUCCAAACAUUCCAGGACUGCCAAUCCCUCUGUUCCGUCCUCCUCUCAAAAGGUCUCCGGAACUCCCUGUGUCGACUACGAGUUUUCUGAGGCGGUGGCUCAAAAGCCAGUUCAGUCAGUGGGUACUGCUGUGGUUAUUCAGAAGCCAAUGUUUGACGACCUCGUCAACAAAAUACAGGGUCUUCAAUUGUCCAUUGAGAUUAUGCAGAAUACGUAG